UUCAGAGCAGUGCUCUCCGUGUGGCGAGUAGGGAGAGGAUGCGUCGUAACUGUCAGUUGAGCGUGCCACGUGAUUGUACUGUCUACAAGUGUAGGUAUUCUGCAACAGGACUGCGGUCCUCUUUAGUUGCCAAGAAUCCGCCGACGGAAGUGUAUGCAGCCACCGACGCCCUCCUUAAUCAGAUACGCUAGUUGUCACAUAGCGUGUUGUCAUGAUUCACAAAGGCAUCGUGCAAGGGAAACAACGGAGACGACGUCACAGACAGAGAAGUCACAAUAUGACUGAAUUCCAGCCUCCAUCACUACUGAACAGCAAGAAGGAUAUUACUAAUGGAGUGGUUGUGUCAAGCCAACAGCCAACUCUUCUAUCAUCACUGAGGAGUGUACUUUUUGUCAUUAGUUCUGCUCUCAUCGGUUUUGCCGCUUUUAGAAACACUCUAACAUGGCAUCUGCAGAGGUUCUGGGGAGCAUCUGGUGAUUUCUGGCAAUCACUUUGGGAUCGUCUACUAGAUGUAACAGGCGAGAACCCAGCAACAUUUUGGGUGUAUGGUACAACAGCACUAACAAUUGUUGUCUACUGGACAUUUGGGGGAAUAUACACAAUAUUAGAUAUUACCAACAAACCAUCUGUCAUCCGCAGGUAUAAGAUUCAACCUGGGACAAAUGAGCCAGUGGACACAAAACGUUUAAUGAAAGUGAUAGGCUGGGUCGUCUUUAACCAAGUUGUUGUGGGUCUGCCGACAGCGUUCCUCAGCUACUUGCUAAUGCAGUGGAGAGGCUUUCCGUCAUUACGAGAACUGCCUACUUUUCAUUGGGUUCUAGCUGAAAUGGCAGUUCAUAUCCUCAUGGAAGAAGUUGGAUUCUACUAUUCUCAUAGGUUGUUGCAUAGCCGUCAGCUUUAUCGCCACAUCCACAAGAGGCAUCAUGAAUGGACAGCUCCAGUUGCUGUGACAGCAAUUUAUUGUCACCCGGUGGAGCAUAUUUUUUCAAAUUUGUUACCACCUUUCUUAGGUGUUUUUAUUAUGGGGUCACAUGUUGCAACAGCCUGGCUGUGGUUUUCACUUGCUAUACUAUCAACAUUGAAUGCUCAUUCAGGCUACCAUCUGCCUUUCUUCCCAUCACCAGAAGCGCAUGAUUUUCAUCAUCUUAAGUUCAACCAGUGUUUUGGUGUUUUGGGAGUCCUGGAUCGCUUGCAUGGUACAGACACCGUGUUUCGUAGUACACGGGCUUAUGCACGGCAUAUAAUGAUGCUUAGCCUCAUACCAGCACGGGAAGCAUUUCCAGAUGAAACCAAAUGCAAACCAAAAUUUGUGCAGUGUAAAUACUGAAGAAUCUGAAGUGGCUGAUGCUAUAAGUUAGAUGCAAAUUAUACCUCAAAAGUCCAGCUACAGACUUUCAAGAACCAAUAUAAAGUGAGGAACCUAGAAAUGUACUACAGCCUUGUAUGCAGCACUCCCACUGGGACUGUGAAGACAAGACUGAAUGAUAUACUACAUGCACCAAUGCAUUUCAGCAGUCAUUCCUGCCAAGCCCCAUACACUGAUGCAGCAAGACGCUAUAUUGCAUGGUACAGUGUGAAGUACCCACUGCCAUGCACUUUACAGUGGUUUGUAGAGUAUUGAUGUAGGUGUGUAUGGAUUUUACAGAUGAUAUUUUCACUAUUCAGACAUGGCAUCUAUCAAAAUGUAGGCAUUGUUGGUGUUUAUUUGCCAUGGCAGAGCCAUCAGAGAAGUGGAGGUCAACAACAAGAUAGUCUAUAAGCUAUUAUUUUUUUAUUGUGUAUUGGGGUAGUAUUUAGAAGAAUGCUUUUUGAAAAGCCACACCACUACAUUCAUCUGUUUACUCCUAUCCAUAUCUCUUAGCACUUUAUGCGAAGAGUACUAGAUGACAUUUUGCAUGAUUGGGGUUUUUGAAUUUUCAAAAUCCCUGCCAGCUGCCAUUGAGAAUUUUUUUCCCAGUAGGAUAUUGUACCUGAACUUGAAAUACAUUCUACAACACUUAUAAAGUUUGUGGUUACUUUGCAAGGGAGCUCUACUCAUGACUAGAGCCUUGAGGUUUUAGAAAUUUCAACUGCCUGUUAAGACAAGUUUUCAGAAGAGUAGAUGGUCUGCUGAAUCCUUUGUCCCAUCAUUAUUUUUCCUUCUUACCAUUUUAUCCAGAGAUUAUUAUUUACAGUGGUACUCUCAUAAACAACACAUUGUUAACUUUAUGG